CAUCGUGUGUGUGGUGUGUAACGGGCAUUAUAAGUGCAAGCAACGCGACAAAUCUAAUGUAAUCUAAUUUUAUGAAAUGGGGACCGAGGUGCACGUGGAAAAAGAUUCAAGGUGGUCAGAAUAAUUGAGAUAAUGAUAUAUUCAAUAUUCAUGAAUUUACUAGUUGAAUGAAAGAUAUGCUGAUGAGAUUACAUGAGUAUCGUUGUCGGUUGUUAUCGUCGAAGUCGAGAUAAAUAUUUCAGCGCUGCGGUCUAGAUCGCGGAACGAUUCUGACGAUAGAUGGCAGAAUGUCUUCGAUAAAGUUGUUGCACGUGUUACAUUACCACGGUUUCGCUAGGCUCGCUAUUUCUCCGUCGCGAGUUGUAGCGACCGGCAGGGCGAUUAGAGGUUACGUAUUCGCGAAGUUGUGCAGAAAUAUGUCGUACACCACCGUUGAGAGGGGUGCGUUCAACAGUACGGACUACAGGGUGUUUUUCAAAAAUGAAAUGGGUGUGCCAAUUUCACCUAUGCACGACAUUCCACUUUAUGUUGACAAGGAGAAUAAAAUACUUAAUAUGGUUGUUGAAAUACCAAGAUGGACAAAUGCUAAAAUGGAAAUCUGUCUAAAGGAAACUUUGAACCCUAUCAAGCAGGAUGUUAAGAAGGGCAAAUUGAGAUUUGUUGCAAAUUGCUUUCCUCAUCAUGGGUACAUAUGGAAUUAUGGAGCUUUGCCACAGACUUGGGAAAAUCCUGAUGUUUUGGAUGAAGCAACUGGCUGCAAAGGUGACAAUGAUCCUAUUGAUUGUCUUGAAAUAGGCUACAAAGUUGCAAAACGAGGCGAAAUAUUGAAAGUGAAAGUUCUUGGAACAGUGGCACUUAUUGACGAAGGUGAAACUGAUUGGAAAAUUAUUGUGAUUGAUAUCAAUGAUCCUUUGGCAGAUCAAAUGAACGAUGUAAGUGAUAUUGAAAAAUACUGUCCUGGUUUAUUGAAAGCCACAAUUGAAUGGUUCAAAAUAUAUAAGAUUCCGGACGGAAAACCAGAAAAUCAGUUUGCAUUUAAUGGUGAACCAAAAUCACAAGAAUUUGCAUUAAGCAUUAUUGAUGAAGUGCACGAACAUUGGCAACAUCUAAUCCAAGAAGCUGACUCAGGUGGAAUAAUAUGUUCUAAUGUAACUGUGGAAGAUAGUCCUUAUAAGAUUACCACAGAAGCUGCUGAGGAAGCUUUGGAAAAAACACCUAAGCCAGCACCUGAACCUCAACCUGUAGAAUCUAUAGUUGAUAAAUGGCAUUAUGUACACCUUAAAUGAGGAUAAAUGGAUAUCGUACGUUGAAGCAUACACCUACCUGCUCUGUCUAAUUGCAUUUAUGGAGUUGUUUCCUAUUUGUUAGUUUUAUACUUUUCCGCUGUGUAUCAUACGUUUCUUGACUGCAUCAAAGUAAUCGUGAAUAGCAUUCAAACAGUUCAAUACAUACAUAUAUACGCAAUAUAUAACGCAGUGAUGUAAUGUGAAGCAUGCUGUUCGUCUAUUGUUUUUAUUAUCAGUUGUUUUUCUUUUAUCAAAUAUUUUGACAUAUUUGUAGAUAAAACGGCAAAAUUAUUUAUUGCAAACAUCUUUCGACAUAUACCGCAUAUGUAUCUCUUUUGUUAUGACACUGGACUAUUCAUAGUAGCACGUUCCUACUAUAAAACGAACAUAGUCUCAUUAUGGGUAGUGCUGCAGAGGUAUAAGGUCGUUCCGAGCAAAGGAGGAUUCUUUGGAUGAAAGAAUGUGGUUAGGUUCCUUGACAGUAUUUGUUCCGGCAUGGAGAUAAUAAUAAAUAAACUGGAAUGAAUACA